GUGUGUUGCUGUCAGGACUCGGCGCGGCAGCUUCGCUGCUCUCACCUCCUUUUCCCCAUUCUUCUGCUUUGGCGGGGUUUAACGUGGUUCUAUUUCUCCAAGAUGACAGGAUUGUCAGCCGUAUACCAGAGUCAGCUGGUUGCCAACCAGCUUCCCUGGGUACCGCUGAUGAUGCAAGUUUGUUUCGCCUGAAGAUGGAAACACUUGAAUCUGAAUUAACCUGCCCAAUUUGUCUGGAGCUAUUUGACGAUCCUCUGCUGUUACCCUGUGCCCACAGCUUGUGUUUUAAUUGCGCUCACCGGAUCCUCGUUUCUCACUGCACCUCCAACGAGACGAUCCAGUCGAUUGCUGCCUUCCAGUGUCCGACCUGCCGGUAUGUUAUAUCUUUGAACCAUCGCGGCUUGGAGGGUUUGAAGCGGAAUGUAACUCUGCAGAACAUCAUUGAUCGCUUUCAGAAAGCCUCGCUGAGUGGACCCAACUCCCCCAGUGAAUGUCGCCGUGACCGGCCGUACAAGGAUCCUGUCACCAUGUCCUCCGAGAGGGUUCAGUGCCAGUUCUGUGAGCAAGAGCCACCGCGAGAUGCCAUUAAGACCUGUGUGACCUGUGAGGUCUCCUACUGUGAUCGGUGCCUCCGGGCCACUCACCCCAACAAGAAGCCAUUCACUGGCCACCGGCUGAUUGAGCCCAUUCCAGACUCUCAUCUCCACGGACUGAUGUGUUUGGAACAUGAAGAUGAAAAGGUGAAUAUGUACUGUGUCACGGACGAUCAGCUGAUCUGUGCCUUAUGCAAACUUGUAGGACGUCACCGGGAGCACCAGGUUUCCUCACUGAGUGAUAGAUAUGACAAACUUAAGCAAGCAUUGGAAAGCAAUCUUGCGAAUUUGGUGAAGAGGAACACGGAGUUGGAGUCACAGAUGGGGAGACUCAUUCAAAUCUGCCAACAGGUGGAGGUAAACACUGCAAUACAAGAGAACAAACUAAAAGAGGAAUGUGAUGAGCUAAUGGACAUUAUUAGGCAAAGGAAACAGAUCAUUGCUGUGAAAAUCAAAGAGGGAAAGGUUAUGAAGUUGAGAAAACUAGCACAGCAGAUAGCAAAUUGCCGGCAAUGCUUGGAGCGGUCAGGGGCUCUCAUCAAUCAAGCAGAACACAGCCUGAAGGAGAAUGAUCAUGCGCGCUUUUUACAAACAGCCAAAAAUGUAACAGAAAGGGUUGCUAUGGCAACAGCAUCUUCUCAAGUUCUGAUUCCGGACAUUAACUUGAAUGAGGCUUUUGAAAAUUUUACCUUAGAUUUUUCAAGGGAGAAGAAACUACUUGAAAGCUUGGACUAUCUUACUGCCCCAAAUCCUCCAAGCAUUCGAGAAGAGCUCUGCACAGCAUCUCAUGACACAAUUACUGUUCACUGGACCUCAGAAGAUGAAUUCAGCAUCGUUUCCUAUGAGUUGCAGUACACUAUCUUCACAGGACAAGCAAAUUUUAUCAGUUUGUACAAUUCCAUUGACAGUUGGAUGAUUGUCCCCAACGUUAAGCAAAACCAUUACACUGUGCAUGGACUUCAGGCUGGGACCAGAUAUAUCUUUAUUGUGAAGGCAAUUAACCAGGCUGGCAGUCGCAUCAGUGAACCAACCAGAUUGAAAACUAACAGCCAGCCAUUCAAACUAGAUCCCAAAACAGCUCACAAGAAGUUAAAGCUUUCCAAUGAUGGCCUGGCUAUGGAACGGGAUGAGAAUUCUAUGAAGAAAAGCCAUACACCUGAGCGGUUUAGCAGCCAAGGGAGCUAUGGAGCACUGGGGAAUGUAUACAUCGACAGUGGCUGCCAUUACUGGGAAGUUCUCCUUGGUGGAUGCACAUGGUAUUCUAUUGGCAUUUCAUAUAAAUCAGCCCCAAAGAAUGAGUGGAAUGGAAAGAAUUCGUCAUCCUGGGUAUUCUCUCGCUGCAAUAACACAUUUGCUGUCAGACACAGUGGCAAAGAGAUGUCAGUGGAUGCUAGCCAUCAGCUGCGAAGACUUGGUGUCCUUCUCGAUUACGAUGGUAACACGCUGUCAUUCUAUGAUGCCAUGAACGUGCAUCAUCUGCACACAUUUGACAUUUCUUUUGCUCUACCUGUGUGCCCCACAUUCACAAUCUGGAACAAAUCAUUAAUGAUUCUGUCAGGCCUCCCUGUCCCGGACCCUUUAGACUGCUUGGAGCAGCAGCAGGAAUGCAUUUGUAGACCCCAGGAAUCUCCUUACACAUCAGGGAUAAAAGUCAAAGGCCAGGCUGAAAUGUAACUCUGACCCAUCCACUAUUCCCCUACACCCCAAAAAAACAUGCAUUAUUCCAGGUAGUGCUGGACUACGCAUUGUGCCCCCUCAAGGUAGCACAAGAGCUGCCUUAGACAGAUUGACUACUAUCAUAUUGAAUUUAUAAAUUAUUUAUGAUAAUUAUGUUCACAAUUUAUCAUUGGAGAGAGAUUGUAUUCCAGAAAAUGCACUUUCAAGACAUGUUUUUAGCUUAUGGAAAGUUGUUUUUAAUAUGUCAAAACUGGAAGAAGAUAAUUUUAUUAGAUCUGAAGAUUUGGCUUCAGUUUCUAGAAGCUCGUGUAUUGUACACUAGGCACACCUAAAUACUCUAAUCUGAAGAAAGUUGUUAUUCUUGUUUGCUGAGAGAAUUAUUUGCACCAUGGAGGGAGAGCUUCUGACAAUGAAAGGAGAAUAACAGCACACUGCAUGCGACAGCAGAACAGUAACCAUAAAGAAAUAAUCUCCUGUUGCUGUUAAAUGACGAAAAAGGUGUGCAGGCAACAGAAACAGCAAGCAUGUUUAGACAGUGCCUCGAAGAAGAACCGUAUUCUAUCAAGAAAUUUGUCCUGAUGUAUUUCAUGGGUUAAUUAUAUUGUCAUCUUUGUUAUUGUUUGUGGAUGAAAAGAAUUCCAUUCAAAGCUCUGUAUAAAAACAAUUCUGUUGAUAUAUAGAACUUUUAACUGGUGUGUGUAAUGUAAAAAGUUAAAAAUAGUAUAAAUAUUUAAUGACAAACUGGUUCCUCUUCUUCACCCAUUUGAAAAGAUGAAUUAUUUUCUUAGCUGCUGUUAUUUUUGAAAAUGGAAGAAAUUUCACUGCAAUGUAGAAAUGAUACCAGUUCCAAAUGGAAUGGAGUAUAUUAAAGGGUGGAGUCUAUAAAAUUUAGGUAGUUGUGAGAUUAAAAUCGACCAAUCAAAAUCUGUCAUCCAGCUCUUCAGGCAACACAAGCAGUUUCCUACUUUACCUACUUUUGAUAAAUUUGCUCCUUCCUCCUUCAUCCACAUUCACAUCACAAGGAAAUACGCAUUUGCAUCAGGGAUCCCGGAACCCAUGUUCUUUAGAUUCAGAAUUAACUGGGGAAAACAAGAUGUAGCCUCCAAAUUGAAUUGUUGAGGAAGCUAAGCACAUAUGACACCACUAAACCAGUGGACAUUUCAAUGUAAAUACAUACAUAUUCCAGAAUCAAUCAGGGAUCAGGUCUCCUUAGCAAAAAGUACAAGAAAUGAAACCGUAUUAACAGGGGCAACAAUUAGUCACUCUGCAACUAGCACUGCUGCCUCACAGCAUCAGGGAGCCAGGUUAGAUUCCAGACUUUGUGCAAACUCCAAACAGAUGUUUGCCUAUCUCGCCAUUUUUGCAUGGAUUUCAUCCAUGUGCUCCAGUCUGCUCGCGCAGAUGCACAGAUUACGUGGAUUGGCUAUGCUAACAUUAUCUGUAGUUCCCAGGGAUGUGCUGACUAGGUAGAUUAGCCAUGGCAAAUGUUGGGGUUAUGGGGAAAGUAGAGGAGGCUGAAUAUGGAUGGGAUGUUCUUUGAAGGGUUGGUGCAAACAGGCUAAAUAGGCUCUUUCCACACUAUGGUGAUGCUAUGAUUAUUAACAUAAAAUUUAUUUUAAAAAAUGUGACUUCAGCUCUCAACUUAACAUGACAUUAUAUUCUUAAAGCAGGUACACAGAUGCUCCUAUAAAUGUAAAAUUCUGGAGAAAUAAAUGUAGAAAGUGGCAGUUUAACACAUGGAAAUGAUUUGUUGUUCAGAUUUUUAUAUUUUGAAUCUAAAAAGGUCCAAUUGCAAAGUAGGGUGCAAAAUCAUGGCUUGCUCACAACUGCUGUCAUUAUACUGAAGGUACAAUCUGACUAUUAAAAAAAAAUUCCUGCAAGAAUUUGUAAAACAAAAAUUGACUCUCAUUUCUUAAGUUACAAGGCUGAAAACAUCAGGAAUUUCUAUUUAACUUCACCCCACAUUGAUAGAAUGGAAAGUUAGUGAACGUGGCCUCGAUUUUCGGGGAUUUGGGAUGACGUGGGGAGCGCUUUAAUAACGUGGGUGAGUCCUGAUUUGGAAGCUUCCAGCCCUGUUCCCAGAGUUUCAGAUUUUUGAGAGUACCUUUAAAGGCCCCUAGUUCAGGUCACAAGGCUACACCCUACACUCCUGACUUAGCUGGCUCUUCUUUACAAAUUAGCAUGGCCUAAACAUCUGCAAUUUUCAGAGUUGCACCAGACUUUUAAAGGGUCAUGCCCACAUUAAGCCCCUUCUCUUAUCAGAGCCCUGGCAAUGGAGAUGUAAAGGUACUAAUUACUAGGUCCCUUCGGGGCCUGGGCUUAGGCAGUCCUGCCCCCUCUUCCAAGUGGUGACCAAUCAGAGCAAGGCCACAGAUAUUUGAGAAAGGAAUAGAAUCUGAGGGGCCAGUAGUACCCAAAUGUUUGUUUAGUUUGGGGACAGGGGUGUGUAUAAGGUGCUUGAAAGCAGGAGAAGCAAUCAUGCUUAAUCUUUUUUGUCCCUCCCACUAUGUCAGGUGCUGCCCCCUCCCACUCUGUUUAGUCAUGUCCCUCUGCUCACCCCCCGGCUCUUCAUACCUGACUCAGACCCUCAAAACACCUAAUUGUAACUUAUUGUCCCUAUGCCAGGUUAUGUUCCUCCAUCCACUGUAAAUGGCCCUUACAUACCUGCCUACACCAAAAAAAACAUAUCACCAAGUGCAGCACCCAUCUCCCUGUGGCUUUUCAUGACCCCAGGCCUAUUGACCCACUGUACACUGCAUAGAAUCAAUGAACUCCAUAAUGCCAAUAGGAUAUUUGAGAAAAACUUUAAGAAAGUCAUCAUGAAUAAUUUACUGCUAUGUUCAAAAUUUCCAUUUUACUACAGGCCAAUAAAAGUAUCAUUCAUCUAUUUAGCUUUAAAGUAUCAAUAACAGAAACUGUAAGCAAUUGAAACCUCUUAAUCUUGUGGAAAUAAACAUUGUGCAAUUGAAAGCAGAAAUCAGACAGUCAAACCUGUCAAGCAAUGGUUUCCCUGGCCCAGGUUUUUCAACAAGCUUGUGGAUAUCUAGGCUUUUGGAUGGUUUGUUAAACUCCACCCCAUCCAAUACCAGCCAUCAAAAAAAGCAAGGAAGGGAAUCCAUUUUUGCUCACAUUAAAAAGUGAACAAUGUACAGGGGAAAUUGAGGGGUCGUCAAAUUAACAUUUAGCAAUAAAAUAACAGAUUGCAGUCUUCUUCAUUUAGGCUGUUAGAAGAUGACAUUUACCAAACUGCAGAAAAUCUCAUCUGUUCAUGUGAAUAACAUUUUCAUGCGUCUUAAUUGAUUUUAAAUUUUAGUAUUAAAAAAGUCAACAUCAAAAUGGCAAAGCUACAAGUUACUUUAAUGCAUUGGCAAAGAUUUAUAGCUCAGGUUGUGGAUAAGGUGGACAAGCUGGCUUGUUUACAUUCAGAUGUUUCGUCACCAUGCCAGGUGACAUUGUCAGUGGAGCCUCUGAUGA